CCCGCCGCGCCUUGCCGCCCCCCGGCUCGGGCCGCAGGCCGGAGGGGAGGCCGCCGCGGGUUGCGGGGAGGAGGCCGUCCUACGCGGCGGCCCUCUGGGGCCGGCGAUAAGGCAGCCAUGUCUCAAUCCACAAAUAAAGGACUGAUUUUUGGCAUCAUGAUCGGAACUGCCGGAAUAAGCUUGGCCCUAGUGUGGUACCACAAGAUCCGCAAGUCUGGGGCAGUGAUUCACGUGCCCAAAUUUUGGGCUCUGAGUGAUGCGUUUCAUUCGGCAGAGCUGCGAGAUGAACUCCACGGCGAGCGAGGUACAGUCGUGGCGUUACAGGGAAGGCAGCUUCAAAUUCUGGAGAAGCUGAAUUGCCUAGUGGCAAGCAUGGAAGAACUCAAGGAGGAGGUGAGGUUCCUCAAAGAAGCCAUCCCAAAGCUGGAGGAACUUGUCCGUGGUGAGCUGAGGGGAAAGGCAGGAGUGUCCAGAGCGAGUCCUCAACACAGGGGAUCCAGAAAGAGAAGAUCCGAGCCAAUUCCAAGCCAUAGUUCAGAAGAGGCAGAAAGCGAAGGAGGCUAUCUCACAGCCCGUGACACGGAAUCUGAAGAAGAAAAAGUUCCUAUGAACAAAAUUCAAAUCAAAGAAUUUGAUGCCUUUCUCAAUGAAGUAGACACCCUGCACAGAAAACGAGAAAUUGAUAGAAAGGAUAUUUUAAAGCUGUUACUCGAGAAUGAAGAGAAGUUUGGAGAAGAGGUUGAGUUCAUCUGGCGAUUGGCUCAAGCUUACGGAGAUGCAGUUCAGAACUCUUCAAAUACUGAAGAAAAGAAGAGGUGGGCAAAUAUCGGAAAGAAUGUGGCUGAAAAAGCUUUCCAAAUGGCUCCCACUAAUGGAUACUGUCAACUGUGGUAUGCUGUUCUGUGUGGCCACAUUUCCGAACUGGAAGGACUCCAGAACAAAGUCCAUUACGCCUUUCUCUUCCAGAAACAUCUGAUGAAAGCCGCUGAACUUAUACCAGAGGAACCGUUUGUACAUUACCUAAAAGGGAGAUAUUGCUAUAGUGUCGCUAAAUUGUCUUGGAUUGAAAAGAAAAUGGCAGCUACUAUCUUUGAGUCCCCACCGACUUCAACUAUAGAGGAAGCUCUGAUUAACUUCCUGAAGGCCGAAGAAAUAAAGCCAGGUUUUUCCAAGAUGAAUUAUGUCUUUAUGGCUAAGUGCUACAGAGAUCUCGGGCAGAAAAGCGAUGCUCUGAAAUACUGUGACUGUGCUUUGAUGCUUCCGAAUGUGAACGUCGAGGAUAAACAGGCCCAGCUUGACUUAGAAAACGUGGUCCACUCUUUGAAGAAUAAGUAAACCAAGCACGAUUCCUUCCGAGCACCCUGCAGACCCUUUGUAACUACGGCUGAGACUUCAAAACAAACGGUUUACCGGCAUUCUGCUCGGUGCCUCAGUUUGAUUCGGGGUAUCGUGUUUUCCCUGGCGAGGAUGGGGGGGGAGAGGGGGCUGGGUGAUCCACCCUGGGGGUGAGAACCCUGUUUUUUCAAAAUGCCUCUUCACUGCUGGCAGUGGGGUAAAGCUAAUCCGGCACAAUGUUUAACGAUUCCAUCAACAAAUCCGACCUAAAGACUGGAGUUGAUCAGCAGUGUUUACUUUGUAGAGUCUAUGUCCUUUUUCUGUGAGCUAAUUAUCUUACCAUUACAUGUGUUUUUUCAAGGUAUUCACUUAUUGAAAAUAUUUGGCUUAAAUGUAAUGAGCCAGAAAACCCCCAUUUAGCCUUGUCUUAAUUUUGUUUUUCAUGGGUCUGUGAAGAAGCAGUGUAUUAUUGAAAUACAUUUUAUUUAACAUGAACUCCUUCAAGUAAGAUACUAAUAUCAGAGAAUGAAGUAAAUUUUUUGGAUGUAAAGCA